ACCGCUACCGUAUUCGCUUGUACUGUACUAUUGAUAGUAUUGUCGAGUGUAGUGCAGCAUAGCCAAGCGAAGUAGCGCUAGAAGUAACCGUGUCACCUAGGCUAGUGUAUGACCAAAUUCUACCCGGUAUCUUUGAAAAACCCCUUUGAGCGUUGCAAUAAAUAUCUCGAUGUGACUAUCACUUUGCUACCUGUUGGCUGAGUGUUGCAGUCAGUUACAAAACGUCGUUCUUCUAGCGAACGAAACGAGUUCUUUGGCACCUGGUCAGUGAGACUGCCCGAGCGGCAGUGUGCAGUUUACCAGUGCUAGUGGUGUACGAUCCAGGUACCAAUUGAAACAUAUAAGUGGCUACUUUCAUUAUCAAUGAAAUCAUUGCAGAACUAUGGUGGAGCCAGCGAUCUGAGACUGAUCCCAGCGUGAUCAUCACCUCACCUACUCAUCGUGCGCGCAAGAGUGUGGUGAAGUACGCUGCAGGACAAUGCUUCGACCAGGGAGAAGAGCAGGGAAUACGCAGCAGCAGCUGCAAGCCUGGGUCAUUCUGCUGAUUGUGCUACUUGUUGCUAGCUUGGAACACAUCGUUCUACUGGAUAUGUUCAAAGACAGACUUGAUAUUGGAGCGGCAUUGUCUAGCCAGGGAGUGGCGGAGAAUUCCUUCGGCUUUUCACCACCAGUCUUUGAAACCCAACUAGCAAGGAAUGAAACACGAUGGAAUGUCUGUGAUUUUCAGCGGUCUUACAAAAACCUGUCACGGACCGAGCAAACUAUUCUGCUGAAUCACCUGAUUGUCGAACCAAACACACGGAUGAUCUACUGCUAUGUUCCCAAAGUAGCGUGUACUAAUUGGAAGAAUACUUUCCGACGUCUCCAGUCACCCAACUAUGAUCUUCCUGAAUGGACUGAACACAACGAGGGUAUGAAGCUGCUAAGUACGUAUCCCCGAAAGCAGGCUGAGCUCAUGCUCAGAACCUACUUCAAGUUUGUGUUUGUUCGCCACCCCUUGUCCAGACUGAUAUCGGCCUUUCGUGACAAAUUCACAAACGAGCCAUACAUGAAAGAGCGCUACGGUGUGAACAUCAUCAAGGAAUGUCGUGAAGCGCCGACGAAUGGUAAAGUGACAGGGGAUGACGUUACAUUCAGUGAGUUUGUGUGUUAUCUCCUCCGCCAUCCAGUAGAGGAGUUUAAUGAACAUUGGAUGCCAGCGUAUAAGCUAUGCCAACCAUGCUCAAUCAACUACAAUUACAUUGGAAAAUAUGAGCACCUUGAAGAAGACGCGAAUGCAGUCCUCCAUGCCGUGGUACCGGAAUCAGGCCUGUCAUUUCCUCAUCGGCAGGCAAAAUACCGUCCUGCCCACAACGAAGAGAAGAUCAAGCUAAUGAACGAAAUCUCUUCUACAACUAUGGAGCAGCUGGAGACUGUCUUCGAUCUGGAUUAUCGGAUAUUUUCAUAUGACAAGAAGCCCACACACUAAUUUUCUGUAACAUAUAAUAAUAAUAUAAUAUUCGCAGGAUCCGCCGAACAUAUGGCAAAUUAUAACUAAUCCACUUCCAAAAUAUGAAAAAUAAAAAAGAAGAAGAUUGAAUACAGAUGAGUGUCUGAUAUUCUCCUUUACGCGAUCAGUAGUUGAAAACUGAUAUUUUGUAACAGGCUGCAUGCACAUUUUCCUCUUUCACAGAGUACAUUUUUAAUGUUAGGUACAAAAUUAUUUUUGUGCACGGAAUGAUCUCUUUCAGAUGAGCAACAGUCACAUAAUUUCUCAGUUCCAGUCAGUCCUAUUUCCUUCCGUCAUGAUAAGGGCAUUCACUCGGCUCCCUGUGAUAAUGCCGAAUGUACUUAGUCUAGUAUUACUUUCUCCUUGUGCCAAGAAGAGUGGUUUGAAAUUA